UUGAACGAGAAGAAACCAUUUUGGUGCUUUGUAAACAAUAACACACUUUGUCUAUUGUUUUUAUUGUAAGUUUAAGUACCUUUUUGAGGAUCGAACACAAAUCCCGAUGAACAUCUUCGAAGAUUCACAUUGACGUAAUAGAAGUCGCAAUAAUGAAGAUUCAGAUGGAGGGUUUUCAUAAAUUACAGGACGACUUGGAGAAAGUUAUUGAAAAGGAUGAUUCUAACAGUUCCAUUACAACAGAUUCUGAUGAAGCAAAACAAGAAUUCCGAACAUUCAGAGAGAGGCUUGUACACAUUCUCCAUACAAACAAGUUUCAGAUCAUUGUGGUGUGUUUUGUCAUUUUGGACUGUCUUCUGGUAAUAGCCGAACUUCUUCUGGACAUGAACAUUGUCAAUUUACCUGAUCAUGAUAAUCACAUUGCUCCACAGAUACUCCACUACUCAAGUAUAUCUAUCCUCUGUUUGUUUGUUGUCGAGAUUUUGGUCCGUAUCUAUGCCUAUCGACUGAGCUUCCUCAAACACAAGAUGGAAGUUUUUGAUGCCAUCAUUGUCACUGUGUCUUUUGUCCUUGACAUAGUGUUUCGUUCCCAUGAGGGUCCAGAAAGUGGCAUCGGUCUUCUGGUGGUGCUGAGGCUCUGGAGAGUCACCCGAAUCCUGAAUGGCAUUGUUUUGUCAGUGAAGAAGCAGGCAGAGAAGAGGCUUCUCAGAGAGCGACGACUACGCCAAGCGUGUGAACAAGAACUAACAAAAUACAGAGAAUAUUGUUCCACACAAGAACAGGAAAUUGAAAUUCUCCGAGGAAUGUUACGCAAACAUGGUAUCCAGGAUGCCAACCGCCUGGACAACCAGCCAGUAGUAAUUAGUACGAUUGAUGUUGUCGCAGAGGUUAAUCAGAUAGUAGCAGACAAAGCCGCAGAAUCUGGUGAGGAAAUGAGCUCAGACAAAAACACAGAUAACUCUAAUGGGAGUUGAGAACUGAAAACAAAGUUGAAGACUUACAGGAGUUUUUGUCUGAAAUUUAACAAAAGUGAAAUUUGAACAAAUAUAAACUGAUGCUAUUUUUUUGAUGGCAAAUGGUUGUAAUGUAUUGGAAUUUUAUGAAAUAUGUAUUUUGACAAAUUUGAAUUUGUCAUAAUUUAACUGGUAUUAUGCACUUUUUCUGGAUGUUUUUUCCUUAUGUACAAAAGAUUGAUUGUUUCGUAUCCACCUGAAUGUUUACAUAUAUUGGCCUUAUAUGAAAUAUGACACUGUUAUAGGAUAAAGAUACAUGAAAAGUCAGAACUCAUUUUAUUAAAGUUAAUUGAAGUUAUCUGCUAUGUUUUAACUUCAGUGAAUUGACAUGAAUUUUAACUGAAGCUUUAGCAAAGUACACAUUUAUUGCGCAUAAAUUGAAAAUCUUAAAUCAAAAUGAAUUUAGUGUUUAUUCUGAAUAUUUUCAAACAAUUUUAAUCCAAACUAGCUAACUGUACACAUCUGCUGUGUACAUAAAACACUGUCUGAUUGUUAUUCAAGAGGUCAUUUUUUCUGAAUCAAUUUUCUACAGGUAAUUUAACAAUAAUACAGGACAGUCAUAAUAGGUAUAGAAAUAGAGAAAUUCUAGUCAUGGUAUAGAAAAUCAAUUCUAACAAUGAGAAUUGAAGGUGAAAACUGAAAUAUACUUGUUUUAGUAUUUGAUAUAGAGUAACUUGAUAUCUGCUUAUCCCCUUCCUACAUAGCCACCAUUCUCCUUUUUCUGUUAUAAGUAAUUUUUAAUACUCCCCCCUUCCUCAUAUUGUAACAAUGCAGAAGAUUAAAUCUAAUGGAGAAGGUUAUUAUAAUUAAACUGCAUAUAUGUUAGCAUCAUGGAAUUAUCUACCACAUCAGAAACAUAAAGAUACAAUGGACCCCCAGUAUCUAGAGGUAUACAUUGGACCCCCAGUAUCUAGCGGUAUACAUUGGACCCCAGUAUCUAGAGUUAUACCUUGGACCCCCAGUAUCUAGAGCUAUACAUUGGACCCCAGUAUCUAGAGCUAUACAUUGGACCCCAGUAUCUAGAGCUAUACAUUGGACCCCAGUAUCGAGAGGUAUACAUUGGACCCCAGUAUCGAGAGGUAUACAUUGGACCCCAGUAUCUAGAGCUAUACAUUGGACCCCAGUAUCGAGAGGUAUACAUUGGACCCCAGCAUCUAGAAGUAUACAUUGGACCCCGAGUAUCUAGAGGUAUACAUUGGUCCCCCAGUAUCUAGCGGUAUACAUUGGACCCCAGUAUCUAGAGUUAUACCUUGGACCCCCAGUAUCUAGAGGUAUGCAUUGGACCCCCAGUAUCUAGGGGUAUACAUUGGACCCCAGUAUCUAGAGGUAAACAUUGGACCCCCAGUAUCUAAAGGUAUACAUUGGACCCCCACUAUCUAGAGGUAUACAUUGGACCGCCAGUAUCUAGAGGUAUACAUUGGUCCCCCAGUAUCUAGCGGUAUACAUUGGACCCCAGUAUCGAGAGGUAUACAUUGGACCCCAGUAUCGAGAGGUAUACAUUGGACCCCAGCAUCUAGAAGUAUACAUUGGACCCCCAGCAUCUAGAGGUAUACAUUGGACCGCCAGUAUCUAGAGGUAUACAUUGGGCCCCCAGUAUCUAGAAGUAUACAUUGGACCCCGAGUAUCUAGAGGUAUACAUUGGGCCCCCAGUAUCUAGAAGUAUACAUUGGACCCCGAGUAUCUAGAGGUAUACAUUGGCACCCAGUAUCUAGAGGUAUACAGUGGACCCCAGUAUCUAGAGGUAAACAUUGGACCCCCAGUAUCUAGGGGUAUACAUUGGACCCCAGUAUCGAGAGGUAUACAUUGGACCCCAGCAUCUAGAAGUAUACAUUGGACCCCGAGUAUCUAGAGGUAUACAUUGGUCCCCCAGUAUCUAGCGGUAUACAUUGGACCCCAGUAUCUAGAGCUAUACAUUGGACCCCAGUAUCGAGAGGUAUACAUUGGACCCCAGUAUCUAGAGUUAUACCUUGGACCCCCAGUAUCUAGAGGUAUACGUUGGACCCCCAGUAUCUAGAGGUAAACAUUGGACCCCCAGUAUCUAGGGGUAUACAUUGGACCCCAGUAUCUAGAGCUAUACAUUGGACCCCAGUAUCUAGAGUUAUACCUUGGACCCCCAGUAUCUAGAGGCAUA